GCUGCUGAAUGGCUAAUAAUAAUCCACGACGAACAGGCAUCGAUCAGGAGUCAGGACCCGUGUAUAUUUUCUUACAUAUUAUAACAGCGAAACGUCUCGUUAUGUAGAAUUUUCCCGCAAGUGGCGGCCGUGGCUUUGACGUCAAAAUCAAAUAUAUUUGAAACUUCCUGAUAUAUUGUCAACGAGUCAUGUGAGCCAUUCAGAGCUAACAUCUUGUGUUUGGCUAAGGAGUUUUUAUAAAAAUAGAUAAUAUAUACGGCAAUCGUUCUUAUUAUUUUUGACGUCCUGAAGAUUCAAGAUUCUCACUGAACCUUCAGCAAAAGCAAAAAUGCGUUGCUUUGCUGUUUCUACUUUCUCAGUCCUAAUUAUGCUAUUUACAUGUUGCAAUUCAUUAGAUUACGACGUCGGAACAUACACGCAAAUUGUGGACCACUUCAACUGGAAUAUAAAUUUCACUUUUGAACAGCGCUACCUUUUUUCAGAUGUUUAUUGGAAUAAUGAUGGUCCAUUUGUGGUUUACACUGGUAAUGAGGGUGACGUGGAAGGCUACUGGAGUAGCGCAGGGUUUGCAUUUGAAAUUGCCAAAGAGCUAAAUGGUUAUAUCCUAUUCAUAGAGCAUCGCUAUUAUGGGAAGUCAUUGCCAUUCGGUAGUGAUUCUUUUGAUCAUGAUAAAAUCGCAUUUUUAUCAGUAGAACAAGCAAUUGCUGAUUAUGCCCUGGUUAUACAACAUAUGAAAACAAAGCUCGGAGCCACUGAUAAUCCAGUGAUUGCUUUAGGCGGAAGUUACGGAGGAAUGCUGAGCGCCUACUUUCGUUUCAAAUAUCCCAACGUUGUCGACGCGGCUCUAGCAGCAAGCGCACCAAUUUAUCUCGCAGCAGGUUUAGCGAAUAAUCAUUCAUUUUGGGAAAUCGUGACCGAUGACUUUGAGUCCGCUAACAAGGAAUGCCCUGCACGUGUUAGAAGUGCUUUCAUUGAACUGCAAAACCUCCGAGAUUCAGGAGCUGCCGGAUUGCUGGAAAUAUCAAAGAAAUUUAGGCUUUGUAAAACACUACAAACUGAUGAACAAGUUGAUCAUCUUAUUGGUUGGAUCCGUAAUGCCUUUGCAAUGAUGUGCAUGGGAGAUUAUCCUUAUGCUUCCAAAUUCUUUGGUAAACUUCCUGCCAAUCCUGUGAAUGUCGCAGCAGACAUGAUUAUGAGUGCCGAUGACGCUCUGGAAGGACUUGUUCUUGGCACUGGGUUGUUUUACAAUGGCACCAGUAAUAAUACUUUGUCAUGCUUCGAUCCUUUUACUGAGUACAUUUCCUGUGCAGACCCAACUGGUUGUGGUCUUGGUCCUAACAGUUUAGCCUGGGAUUAUCAAGCUUGCACUGAACUGUAUUUAGCAAGCGGCACCAACAAUGUCACGGAUAUGUUCGCACCUUUACCGUGGACCUUGGAAAUGAGAGAAGCGUACUGCCUGAAGACAUGGGGAGUUACCCAAAGACCAGACUGGUUUGCCACAUCGCUAUGGGGGGAUUCAAUUAGCUCUGCUUCAAACAUCAUCUUCUCAAAUGGUGCACUUGAUCCAUGGAAAAAGGGUGGUGUUCCUGAAUCACUCUCUGAUACCCUUGUUGCAUUAUUGAUUGACGGAGCUGCUCAUCAUCUCGACCUACGAUCUUCAAACCCUAAAGAUCCUCCGUCCGUCGUAGCGGCAAGAAAAACGGAAAUCGCAUUGCUUAAGAAAUGGAUCUCUGCGGAGGAGAAGGAACAAGGGUAUCAGUGGUUCUUCGAUAGCCAAAGAGUUUUUUGAAGCCAGUGACGCGUCUGAAAAACGAUAUACACUGAAAAUUCAGGUGAUCAUGGGGAACUUACGAACGAAUUAUUUCACUAAGUAUGUUUCAAUAUAUUAAAUUAAUACAUUUACAAUAAUUCCAGUGUUAUCUGAAUUCACUAAUAAAAAUAUUUACACUACAGAAAAUAAUUUCUUCUUCUACGGCUAAUAUAUUCAUUUACUGUUGUUUUGAAUGCUGAACUAUUAUUGCUGUAUUCUAUAUGGAUUAACUAUUUUGUUCAAGAGAAACAGUAACUAUUUCAGGAACUGAUAUAAACAGGUUAAAUGCAGGUUGCACGCCGUACAAGUUGACGCAGUUAUAAUAAUUACCUCAACCAGAAAGUAUUUUUCAAAGAGUUGGAGCUGAUUUUGAGCCACAGUUUGACGCACUGUACGAGGGUUGGUAUUUUCAAAUUCACUCAAGAAUCCUAGGUCAAUACUCGCCUAUACAAUAUUUGGCACCGGACUCAAGAGGUAAUCGGAAAAAAAUGGAAGUGAGAUUCAAUUCAACAAAUUGAUAGCAUAUAGAUGUUUGUAUGACUGUGUGAUAACUGUGAUUAAAGAUGUUAUGAUAGACUUAAUAGUGUUCCCACCAGUUCCCACACUUCGGACACAGUGCUCCAGGGCCAGCCUGUUUAAAUCACACCUAAUAGGGGCGCACAGGACGCCUUGAACUAGGGACGAGGUUGCCGGUACCACUUAUAUUCGGUAUUCCCCUUAUCCCCGGUCCAUGCACAGGUUCAUAAACCUCACGCUCUAAAUAUCAAAUUAUUACAGGUAACCGAAGGCAAUCCAACCACAAAAAAACUCAACAUCUGUUUCACAGUCAUGCUACAAAUAUCCCAUAGGAAAGGGCAAUUACAACUUGAUUUAUAAAAAUGAUGACAAGUUGGGAAUCAAUUUCAUCUUUUGCCAACAAAAA